UCGUUCCCCGGCCUGGCCUUCCACUCGAGGCCUGUGCCGUCAUGGCGGCGCCGGGGCUUGUCGGGCUGUGCUGGCUCCUGCUCUGGGGAGGGCCGUGGGCCACGGUGGGCGCCUCCGAGGACAUCGUGGUGGGCUGCGGGGGCUUCGUCAAGUCCAGCGUGGAGAUCAACUACUCCCUCAUCGAGAUUAAAUUAUACACAAAACAUGGGACUUUGAAAUACCAAACCGACUGCGCUCCAAAUAAUGGUUAUUUCAUGAUUCCUCUGUAUGAUAAGGGGGAUUUUGUUCUUAAAAUUGAGCCUCCCCUAGGGUGGAGUUUUGAUCCAACAAGUGUAGACAUCCAUGUGGAUGGCAUCAGUGACAUUUGCACUAGAGGAGGCGAUAUCGAUUUCGUGUUUACGGGCUUUUCAGUAAAUGGAAAGGUUCUUAGCAAAGGCCAAACACUGGGUCCUGCUGGAGUUUUAGUUUCACUGAGGCAUCCUGGUUCAGAGAUAAACAUCCAAGCUACAGCCACUCAUCCUGGAGGAAAGUAUGCCUUUUUUAAAGUGCUUCCUGGGGAAUAUGAAAUCUUUGCGUCUCAUCCCACCUGGGUGCUUGAAGAGGCUAGCACAAUGGUACGAGUAACCAGUUCCAAUGCAUAUGCCUCUGGCCCUCUGGUUGUAGCGGGUUACAAUGUUUCGGGAUCUGUCCGGAGUGAUGGGGAGCCCAUGAAAGGCGUCAUGUUCCUCCUUUUUUCAUCAUCGGUCUCUAAGGAGGAUGUCAUGGGCUGCAACGUCUCUCCAGUGGAAGGCUUUUCCGAAAGGGAUGAUUCUCUUCUCUAUCUCUGCAAUGUCAUAUCCAAGGAGGAUGGCUCUUUUACUUUCCUUUCUUUGCCAAGUGGGAAAUACACUGUCGUUCCCUUUUACAGAGGGGAGAGAAUUACUUUUGAUGUCGCUCCAUCGAGAUUGGACUUCACUGUAGAACAUGACAGUCUGAAAAUUGAGCCCAUCUUCCAUGUCAUGGGCUUCUCAGUUACAGGGAGGGUUCUGAACAGCCCGGAAGGCGAAGGCGUUGCCGAUGCUACUGUUAUGUUGAAUAGCCAAAUUAAAGUCACAACAAAGUCGGAUGGUUCUUUCCGCCUUGAAAAUAUAACCACUGGCACAUACACCAUCCAAGCCCAGAAAGAACACAUCUUCUUUGAGAAUAUUAUGGUGAAAAUUGCUCCAAACACUCCCCAGCUGGCAGACAUCAUAGCGACCGAAUUCAGCAUAUGUGGACAGAUCUUAGUGACCCGCUUCCCUGACUCUAUCAAGCAGAUCAACAAAUACAAGGUUACUUUGUGGCCCCAAGAGAAGGACAAAGCAAUGCUGGUGACGACAGAAACCGACACCCGUGGGGCGUUUUGUUUCAAGGCCAAGUCCGGUUCAUAUAUCAUCCAGGUCCUUGUUCCUGAAACAGAAGCCAGAGCAGGUCUUGCUUUGAAGCCCAAAACGUUUCCUGUGACCGUUUCCGCCAAGCCAGUCCUGGAUGUGACCUUCUCCCAAUUCCUGGCCUCUGUCUCAGGAAAAGUGAUCUGCUUAGAUGCGUGUGGCGAGUUGACCGUGACUCUUCAGUCUGUGACCCGUCAGAGUGAAAAGCGCAGCCUCCAGCUUGCUUCAAAGUCCAACUCGGUGACUUUCAUAUUUGAAAAUGUACUUAUGGGCAAAUACAAAAUGAGCAUUAUCCGUGAAGACUGGUGCUGGAAGAAUAAAUCCUUAGAACUUGAGAUUUUGGAAGAAGAUGUCUCCGAGGUAGAAUUCCGCCAGACGGGAUAUAUGCUGAGGUGCUCUCUUUCCCAUGCAAUCACUUUGGAGUUCUACCAGGAUGGAAAUGGACCAGAGAAUGUUGGCAUUUACAACUUAUCCAAAGGAGUGAACCGGUUCUGUCUUUCCAAACCUGGUGUAUAUGAAGUAACACCACGUUCCUGUCAUCGAUUUGAACAUGAAUACUAUACUUAUGACACGUCUGCUCCAAGUAUUCUUACACUGACCGCAAUUCGGCACCAUGUCCUUGGAACAAUAACAGCAGAUAAACUGAUGGAUGUCAUGGUUACCAUUAAAUCCUCGAUUGACAGCGAACCGGAUUUGGUGCUGGGCCCGUUGAAAUCGCAGCAGGAGGUGCGGCGGGAGCAGCAGCUGGCGGAAAUCCAGGCCCGUCGGCAGGAGCGGGAGAAGAAAGGCCCCGAGGAAGAAGGGUCGGAGCCCCCGGUGCAGCAAAGGGUGGAGCAGCUGCAAGGCCCCUUCCACUACGAGUUCUCCUACUGGGCAAGGUCUGGUGAGAAGAUCACGGUGACGCCGUCCUCAAAAGAGCUCCUUUUCUACCCGCCUUCAAUAGAAACCGUCGUCAGUGGAGAGAGCUGCCCAGGGAAGCUGAUAGAAAUCCAUGGAAAAGCAGGUUUGUUCCUGGAAGGAACCAUUCACCCUGAACUGGAAGGCGUCGAGAUUGUCAUCCAUGAAAAAGGAGCCCCUGCCCCCCUCAUCACUGUUUUCACAGACGACAGAGGUUCCUAUAGCGUGGGUCCACUUCACAGUGACCGGGAAUACACGGUUAGUGCCCAGAAAGAAGGCUUUGUCUUGAGUGCUGUGGAAGGAACCGUUGGGGACUUCAAAGCUUUUGCUCUGGCCGGAAUCUCCUUUGAGAUCAAAUCUGAAGAUGGCCACCCUCUUGCUGGGGUUCUCCUCUCACUGAGCGGAGGAGUCUUCCGCUCAAACCUUCUGACUCAAGAAAACGGCAUGCUGACUUUUUCCAACCUGAGCCCAGGACAGUACUACUUCAAGCCUAUGAUGAAAGAAUUUCGAUUUGAACCCUCAUCUCAAAUGAUCGAAGUGCAAGAAGGACAGAACCUUAAAAUCGACGUCACAGGAUACAGGACAGCAUAUAGCUGUUACGGAACGGUGUCUUCUUUGAACGGGGAACCUGAACAAGGGGUUUCUGUGGAAGCUGUUGGACAGGGACAGUGUAACAUGUAUGGAGAGGACACGAUAACCGACGAAGAGGGCAAGUUCAGGCUGCGAGGUCUCCUGCCUUCUUGUGUGUAUUACAUCCAACUGAAAGCAGAAGGCAACGAUCAUAUCGAAAGAGCCCUUCCGCAGCACUCUGCAAUUGAGAUUGGCAGCAACGACAUAGAGAACGUGAAUAUUAUUGCUUUUCGCCAAAUCAACCAGUUUGAUCUGAGCGGGAAUGUGAUCACGUCUUCUGAGCAUCUCCCCACUUUAUGGGUGAAACUUUACAAAAGUGAAAACCUUGACAACCCAGUUCACACGGUCUCUUUAGGACAGUCCUUAUUCUUCCAUUUUCCACCGUUGCUCCGGGAUGGAGAGAAUUACGUGGUGCUUUUGGAUUCAACCCUUUCGAAAUCCCAGUACGACUACAUCCUACCUCAGAUUCCUUUUUCCACAGUUGGCUACCAUAAACACAUCACACUGGUUUUCAACCCAAUGAGGAAACUGCCUGAACAGGACAUUGCGCAGGGAUCUUACAUCGCCCUACCGCUGACGCUGCUGCUUCUUUUGGCUGGUUACAACCAUGAUAAGUUAAUUCCUUUGCUGCUGCAGCUGACAAGCCGGCUGCAAGGGGUGCGCUCCCUGGGUCAGGCGGGCUCCGACGCCGCGGGGCUGGAAGAUGCCAAGAGGCAAGCCAAGAAACAGAAGACCAGGCGGACGUGAGGCAAAGGAACUCCGGCUCAUUUGUUUUCCAUUGGCAAGGCUGCUGGAAAGAACCCAACCUAAGACGGGCUUUAUUUGAGCCCUUGACUCAUUGUUGUUCCAUCAAUAUUUCAUGGGGUUGACAGAGCAUCGCAGCUGAUUUCAAACAUCACUCAACUCUUUUUGUGUCAUAGAAAAAAAAAUGGGUUUGGGGACGGUACAUUGUUAUUGUCCAUUUGAGCCUGGCUAAGAGAAUGACCAAUAAAAUUUGAUCUCGCCUCCCAA